AAUUUGUUAAGUAAGGGCAAAACAGAAAAUAAAAAUAUGGCUUUAGAUAAGCAAAGGAUUCUCAGUGAGUUGGGAAGUGUAAUGAAUCAACUUCAAAGUGCUGACUGUGGUUGCAUGGGCAAGAUAUUUAAUUCAGGGCAAGAAAAUGCACAUAUGGGUAGUUCAUUACCCACGUGCAGUGGAUGCAGACAUGGGUGCUGCCGUGGGCAUGGAUAUGGCGUGCAUUAUAAUAAUGGAGAUUCGCUGAUGUCCGGGGGUGGAAUGUGCAGGAACGGAAUGGACAUGGGCGCUGGAGGUGUGGGAGGUGGUGGCAGUAUGGGCAUGGGUGCUAGCGGUAUGGGUAUGGGAGGUGGUGGCGGUAUGGGUGCUGGCGGCAUGGGUAUGGGUACUGGUGGCAGAAUGAAUACUGGUUUUAAUCAAGACAAUAAUUAUAUGGGCAUGAAUGCAGGAGGAAUGCCUAUGCGCGGAGGUGAAAUGGGUGCCAUGGCAAGUACAAUGGACCACAACGCAGCGUCUGGUGAACCAAUGAAACACUUGGGAAAUGAAAUUCUUAAUAUGAUGAUGAAUGGCCGUAACGCCAACACUAAUUCUUGGAGGACAGCAGCAGGUGGGAUUCAGGGCAAUUUAGGUAAAGGAGAAAGUAUGCUCAUUGAUGCUCCACAGUCACCACAUGGCCAAAUUGGACUGACACCGUACUCUCCUGCGAUGGGCGCUAAUGACAAUAUAAAUAAUCCAGCGGCAAACAUGGGUAUGGGAAAUUCACAAAUGGCAAACCCAACAACUCAUUAUGUCACACAAGAUAACAUGUAUUCUCAACCUCCCGAAGCGAACAUUUAUAAUACUCAAGGUAAUGAAAUGAAUGGUAAUAUGGUUCAAAAUAUGAAACAAGGAAUACAAAAUUCGGCUCCAUCAACAGCAGCCCAGAAUGCAGGUUUGAUGAAUUCAAGGCCAGGAGUACCGCUUAAUGGAUCAAAUAAUUAUGGUCAACAUACCUUGGGUAUGAAAGCAUUUCAGAAUAUGUUCCCGGGCGUUGCUGAAGGGAAUGAUUUAGGCUUUGAUCCUAUGGCUAUUGCAAUACAAAUGAAUCCAGCUAAUCAAAAGAGAGCUGCAAUGGAUAACAUUAACAAAAUCAUGAACAAUCAACCGCAAAUAAGGUCAAAUAUAAUGCAACCAGCUAUUCAAGGAUUGAAUACAAUCUCGGCGCGUCUUCCCCAGCAACAACAACAAGAUUCUGAGCAACUAAAUGCUCCAAUAGGGCAACAAAACUUAACAGAAAAUAGACAACCUACACAAAAUGGUGUACCUGACCCACAAGGGUUUACUGCAACAGGCCAGAUAGGUGAAAUAGAUCAAGACCAGCAACAAGUGGUUAGUCCUGGAGCCAUUGUACCUCAAAAUAAACAGAUUUACACAUCACUUACGACACCAACAAUAAACCAACCGAUACAACAGCUACAAACACCACAACAGCUACAAGGUCAGGUGCAUUCGCAGCAACUACAAGGUCAAACAGAAUAUCAGCAGGGACAAACUAUCAGCCGUGCUGAUACAAUGCAGCAACGUCAGGCAUUGUUUCAGGAGGGACAAACACCACAACAGCAGAUGAUAGAUCCUGCAACUGGAGCACGGCUGAAUUAUAGAGCCAGUGGAGACCCGAAUGCUCAAAUUCAAAAUCAAGGCAUGAUUAAAGAAACUUUAUAUCCAGCGGAUACAUCAAGAAACACCGUUGCUUAUGCACAGCCUAACUAUGCUCAUAAUUACAACACCCUUGGGCAGCCUAUUAGUUUGGAACGGGCGGACAAAUAUCACACGCCCAUUCCUCCCUUGCCGCAAACUUUAUCUCCACAAGAUAGAUUUGAAAGUUCAGUCAAAAAUAGUGUGAGCAAAACUUCUUUAGCUGCCAAUAGAGUUAUGGGACAAGCACCAAGUAAGAGUCAACUACGUCAUAUUUAUCGACAAUACAAGGCUGGACAUGUCGGAAUGCAACAAAGUAUAAGACCACCACAAGGAAGCUCUCAAUCCGACGGACAAUUAUAUCCACCUGGCGGAAUUAAUGCACAAAUUAACUACAAUCGUGGUCAAGCUCCUAUAGAGAGGGUCGGUGGCGAUACAAUAGAAAACGUCAACACCAUCCAAGAACCAAAAUCUGCCAAACCUGAGCAAAACAUUGGCCAAAUUCGGGAUACGACUCAGAUAAAUAAGCCUCAAGGCGACUCUAUAGCCGAGAAGGGACCAAUGAUGCAAACAUUUGGAAAAAACAGAAACGGCUUGCAAGAUAUGCGGUUUACAAAAUACAUAAAUAACAAUGGAUGGAGUUUUCACGGGGAUUUUGCCCCCGCUUAUGCUUAUCGCAGCAGACGUCCUGUGUGAAGUAAUAAAAAAUCCUCUGCUUAUUGAAAAAAAAGUGAAAGUCCCAGUAUUGUGCAAAUGUAGAUUAUGUAUGAAGUCUUUUUAUUUUUAGUUCUUUUUCUUGUUGUUGCUCAUUGUUUAGUGUCGGUAACGCAUCAUAAAUUGUCUUGUUUGGUUUUAUAAUGUCAGUGAAAGGGAAAUGAUUAAGCUGUAAAAUAUAAUAUCAAGGUGUACUGUUUUGUGUUUAAAGUCAAUGAAAUAGAAUAAAUGGCCAACUUGGAAUCGCUGAUCAGACUGACU